AUGGCUGACCAGUAUGGGGGCAACACCUUGCCCGAAGAAAUCUUGUCAAUCAUUUGUCAGGAACUCGGCAGUGACGGUGACUUCGGCUCUCUUUACAGAUGCGCGAGAAGCUCUAAGUCAUUUGCAGACCCUGCGUUGAGGACAAUGUACCAAUUGCACCAAAAUUCACCAGCUUUCGAGCAAAGAGAAUACCUGGACAUUCAACAGCGCCCUGUCAAUUUUAGUAUAAGAGCUGCCGAGCAAGCUGACUUCUUUCGCAAGUGGACUUUGCUGUGGCGGUCAAUCACCCUCUCUAGUCUCGACGACAAGACUUGCUACAAGCCCUAUUGCCGCUAUAUCAGAACGCUGGACUUUCGUAAUCUAUCCUUCAUGCUUGAGGACCAAAAAUUCAUGGGUGCUGUGAGGAAGGCAUUCUUCGCAGGUCCUCUGCAGCGUUUCUAUUUCCCCAAGAAAGAAUUUAAUAAGCAGGUUGUAGAUGUUGUGGCUACUGUCAACGCGAUCGGAGAUGCAGUAACGGCCAAGACUACUUUAUUGGAAGAGAUCGAUGGCCAUAUUAGCCCCGGGUUUCUUCCUAGAUGGAUAUCUCGUUCGCCGAAGCUACAAUCACUGGUUUUGUGGAAAGGGGAGGCGCUUGCUAAUGGAGCCGGAGAAUCAAUCGCACAGCACUGUGACCAGUUUCGAAAUUUGACCAUUCAUGAUUGGUUAUCACCCGAUGCAGACGAAUCGUUUGCUUGCUUCCUCAAUGAACUUCCUGCAGAUACUCUUACCUAUUUUGAGAUCAUCAGCCAGAACGAAAUAGGCAAGCUGUCUUUUCAAGCACUCGGACAUCACAAAUCGUUGCAGCAACUGGAUCUGGGCAAUCUCAAUCGAGAGGCAAUACAGAACCUAAAUGCUUUGAAAGCUUGCACUGAAAUCCACACUCUGAAGCUCGACGAUUACUUUGGAACAGUUCAACUUGAGGCAGUAAACAACGAUGUUUUCAUUGAGAUUGUUGAAUGGUUAAGUUCUUGUCGUAAGCUGCGCGAUCUCAGAUUGAAAAAGUUCUUUGACGGACCAGCAAUCCUCAGCCGUGUGCUUUACUCACCAACUGUCAGAUUGACAACGCUUUCACUCGAAGGUUAUACCGUCCGACACACGAGCGCGCAAUUAUUCCACAGUGCGCUAUCGGAGCAACAAUCCUUGGAAUCCGUCUUUCUCAAAGGGAAUGGCGAGGACACCACACCGGAUGACCUACAGAUCAUGGUUGAAGGACUUUGCAACUUGACAAAUCUACGCGAGCUAGUCCUGAAAGAUGUCUCGGAUGAGUUCUCAGAAGAACACAUCAUCUCCUUAGCACUCGGCCUUCCACUGUUGGAGGAGUUCUGGACUAGUGGUGGUGAAGUGUCCGCAGACAUUCUCCCAGCUCUUGCACAUCUCAAGAAGCUGAAAAAUCUGAAUUUAUACGCUCUGACUCGGUUUCCCAUGGAUGCAAUCAUUGACUUUCUCUCAAGUCUUGAUUCACAGGCUCAGAGAGGCUUUAACCUUUCUCUGAUGGCUGCGGAUCCUGAGUGGGAUUUAAGCGAGAUGGAGCAAGACAUCAUAAGAGAGUACAUUCGAGCGAACCUCGAUGGACGCUUCGAGUUCGUGUUGUGGCGAGAGGCUGAUCUAAGUGACAGCGAGGACGACUCGUAA